UGAUUACCCCUUUACCAUCCUCACUAGGUCCUUUGCGUGAUUUUCCUUUCUCCCUCGCCCCAUUUGAUGCGAAUGAGUGAAUCCAAUUGUCUAACCCGCCGCUACCUGCUGCUAAACUCGCCGCACCGUGGUCACUCAAGCUCGCCGCUGAAGCUCAGCCUGCUUCUCCGUCGUUAACCCAUGGACCGUCGCCGUUCUCUACUCCUCCGACGGCAACCAUUAAUCUAUUAAUCUCCAUCACUGUUUGCUCGACACCUCUUUGCCGUUUCCCAUUUUACUCUUAUUCGCCGUCGGUCCUCAUCCUCUCCUAGAUCACUAAUUCUGAGCCGCCUGCUCUGUCUCCAUUGCCGCUUGUGUUCCUCCAUUUUUGCCCCGAGAAGAGAGACCCAGAAAGGCAGUGCAAUCCAAACAAAUCAAGUAAUUUAGAGAGUUGAAAGAAGCUUGAGGGUUGCAAACAGUUUUUUUUUUUUUUUUUUUGCAGCUCAUCCAUGGAGUUGGAGCAACCCACGCAAGCUUGCCAUCCAUCUCAAGAACCUAACCCUAGCAGGCCAAAACCUACACCAAAGCGUUUUAUUAAAAGCCAAAUCCCAGAUUCGAUCUUGAAUGACUCAGCUCUCAAUGCUGCCAUAUCACUUCUCCCCUCAAACUACAAGUUUGAGGUGUACAAAUGUGUUUGGCGUGUGAAGUCAACUGGAGCAAAGCAAAUUGCCCUCAUUCCUGAGGGCCUUCUCAUGUACUCCCUUGUCCUCUCUGAUAUCUUUACUACUUUUGCUAGUGUCUCUCAAUGCUUUAUUCUUGGCGAUGUCACCUAUGGAGCUUGUUGUGUAGAUGACUUGUCUGCUAAAGCACUUGGUGCUGAUCUCUUGAUACAUUUUGGACACAGCUGCCUUUUACCCAUUGAUUCCACUACAAUUCCCUGCCUAUACGUCUUUGAUGAUAUUAAAAUCAAUGUUGAUCACAUGAUUGAUACUAUCAGACUAAAUCUUCAAUCUAGUGUCAAAAACCUUGUCCUUGCUGGUACAAUACAGUUUGCCUCAGCAAUCCGGGUAGCAAAACCUGAGUUAGAGAAAUAUGGGUUUAAGGUUUUGAUUCCACAGUCCAAGCCACUGUCAGCUGGUGAGGUUCUUGGCUGCACAGCGCCGAAGGUUUCAUCAAACUCAUUCGGUGGUGAGAGUGAAUCUGUGGGAGUGUUUGUAGCUGAUGGAAGAUUUCAUCUUGAGGCAUUUAUGAUAGCAAAUCCCAGAAUUAAGACUUUCAGAUAUGAUCCAUAUUUGGGGAAAUUGUUUCUAGAGGAAUAUGAUCACGUGGGCAUGAAACAAUCAAGGAAGAGUGCAAUUGCAAAAUCAAGGCGGGCUCAGAAUUGGGGUGUAGUUAUGGGAACUUUAGGUCGACAAGGGAAUCCAAAGAUUUUGGAGAGAUUGGAAAAGAAGUUGAAGGAGAAGGGCUUCAAUUAUACAGUAAUUUUAAUGUCAGAGUCAAGUCCAGCUAGAAUCUCUCUGUUUGAAGACUCUAUAUGGAUCCAGAUCGCUUGUCCUCGAUUGUCGAUAGACUGGGGAGAUGCUUUUGCGAAACCAGUUUUGACUCCUUUUGAGGCAGAAAUUGCACUGGGAAUUAUACCAGGUUGGUGGGAAAAAACUGUGGUGAAAAAUCAUGGUUGUGAUAAUGACUCAUUAUGCAGUGACUGUAACUGUGUAGAUGCAAAUGAAGAUUUUGGUGGAGAAUAUCCAAUGGAUUAUUAUGCUCAAGAUGGUGGGGAAUGGAAUUCCUCUUAUUUGAAAAAGUCCCCUCGUCCUACAAGAAGAAUUAUUUCUGUUAGUCUAAUUCUUGACAGUCUCUAAUUUGCUGAAUUCCACUGAUUUUGUUUCUACUGCUAGUGUUAUUUGCUUAUUAAUUUGCUAUCAAAUUUGCCUAAGUUGUAUCUUUAUAAGAAGCUAUGCAUAUGUAACGAGAAGUUUUUACAAAA